AUGUCUCACAGUGACGGCCCGGGUACUACGCAAGAAUCGAAUGCCAGCCUAUUAGCUGACGGGAGAAUUGCAUCAAUGGAUACUCGGGUAGAUGCCGCAGCGGAUCCCUCGACAUCGGUUCCUGGUCACCGUCGUCUGUCCACCUUCGAGCGAGUUUUCUCCACGCAUGCCCCCAUUUUCGAGUCCCUCCUCCUCCAAAUUCCGACCGAUACCAUCUUUCAGCUGUAUCACACCUCCUCCUACCUCCGAAAAUUCCUCCAGUCCUACCCGACAGCAUGGAAAUACCUUUCCUUCCGGUUGCUCUAUCCGUCCGGAUCCCAGACUCGGCCUCUGCUGCCCGGCAGUCCAGAUCCCGCGACCCAGCGACAGUCACGCCCAUAUGCACUGGACCAGCUCUUGAUGAUGGUCGUGGUGCCGCUCAGCCCGUGUCUGAGAAGUCUGGAGCUCGAUAACACCGCAGUCUCUGGUCAGAUUCUGAUUUCGACGGUCCUGCACUCUCGGCGGGAGACAUUGGAGCAUCUCUCCGUCCGCGGAUGCAAGAAUGUCUCUCUCAAAUACCACAUCAUUCCGUAUCUUACCAUGUUUGGGCUGCAAUACGACGUGGACAUGGAAAAGAACCCUAGCAGUUCUCCGGCCAAGAAGAAACUUGCGCUGAAGAGCCUUUACACCUAUCGAUGUCGUCACCAUCGGCGACGACCGUACCUUUCUUCUUCGCUGUUGCGACGAGAUUCUGAUUCCGAGCCUACGCAUGAGCUGGUCAACUUGUGCCACAAACUGGGAAUCUGGACCGAUACUGCAUGGUGUACGACGCCCGCUGGCCGGUGCUUUCGACGAAGAGGCUACGUUUCUAUGAGGGUCCCACACGGAUCUCCGGAGGUCUGGGUGGUGUUCGAUCGACUAUGGCGGUCCAAGAAUUGGCUUGGUUCCUCGCCGGAUAGUGGAACACAGGAGACCAAACGGGACGGGAGACUCUGGGAACAUGACGAGACCGGGUUCAAUGGAGAACCUCUGGGAACCGGCGAUCGAUGGAGCAGUGGCGAAGGGAAGAUGGUUCCUGCUCAUCUACGCCAGAGUCAUAGACGGUUUGUCGAGAACAUCAAGUGCGAUCAGUGCUUCGAGGAUAUCCCCGAGAGGUGUGAGCAAUGCAGUGUUCUUAUGCAUUGUGUUGGCUGCCGCAAGACGCUCUGUGCGAGCUGCGCGUAUGAUCGACCAUAUCAUCGUCCUGCAGCAAAUUCUACUACCGCUGGUGCUGGAAACUCACUAUGGUGGGCGCCUGGUGCAACCAUUUCUCCCUGCCUCAUGCAAGAACCUCCUUCUCCGGAAGAAGCGGCAGGAACCAACCCGACUCCUGCCGGGCCUAAUCAAUAUCCCGCUCUCAAAUUCCACUGGUGCUGCACGGAGCCUAUCUUCUCUGGCGGAGGGGGUAUCAGCAUUGGCACGACGAGCCGGGAUGUAGAUUUGGUCCGUGCAGCACCCUUACCCAGGGGACAAGGUUUUGAGGACCCUGAAUACUCGCCCAGCGAAUGGUGCAAAAAUUUCCCCAGAUAUGCCUACGGUGAUCCUAAGAGACCAGACUACUCGUUGAAGACGGGACACAUGGAGAUGAUGCGUUGGUUGUUGGGACCACCCGGCCGUCAGGUCUCGACCUGUCCGCGCAACCUCUGCCAGGAAUGUUAUGACUCCCCACAGUGGAAGGUAAAUUGCAAGAGCUGCUCCAAACCUCUUUGCAUGGAACACGAUCUCCGCGGCCUUCGUCUACGCAUAUGUGGGUAUCGAGACCUGGCCCUGGAGAAGAUGUCGCUACAAAAUCAGCAAGCCUCAGCUGGAAGCAGAUCGGGCGGUUCAAUUGGGUUAUCAAUCACAUUCUGCGUCCAGCAGUAUUGCGGGGGAGCGCGUCGCCCCGAGCAUGACGGAAAUGCAUCCCGGUGUCCUGCAAGAAUUCAUCGAGCACGCGGACGAGGACCCUCUACCCGAUCAGCGGGCUGGUCGGAGCCGCUCCCCAACCAACUCGAACCUUUCACGUUCUUCAUCCCGUUCGUCCGUGUACUACGACGCUGCUGUGGAAAUCCCCAAAUGGCAGGGCUGCCAGUCAUUUUUCUGCCCUCAGUACCGGCCAGUUGGAGACCAACGACAGCGUUGUACGAGCGUGCUGCGAGAGUGCACGAAUUGCUCGGUUCACGUCUGCCAGGACUGCAUCAAGAAGAACCCUCCUUGUACCUGCUCUUACUGCGAGGUCAAUUACCUUUGCCCGAAUUGCCAGAAAUUGCGGGAAGAGGACGGCACCUGCCGACGGGCGGAGGAGGAGAGGGCCAAAAGGAGGAGAAGUGGAAGAAGGACAUGGAGAUGCUGGAGGAUAUCCUCGAGCGGAAACUGGCCAACGAAGUCGCCGAAUUUGCGGGUCAAUUCAUGGGUCUGGUCCAAGGCAGAGAUGGUACCGAUCAAGGUCAGGCUCAAGCUCAGACUCAGACUCAGACGGAUGGCAAUCACGUCAGAGCCGAAGAAAUGUUUGAGCACCCCAUGUCGGACGAGGAGGCCGUUCUCGAGGAAAUGAUGACCCCGAUUGCAGAUUAG